GCGCCGACAGAUCACGUGGUCCCCGUGGUGGGAGAGGAUGUGUGCCAUCAAGCACGUCAUGGAUCCUGUCAUGGACUUGCUGAGGCGGAUGGACCGUGGCGGGCAGUUCAUGUCCCUCAUUGUAGACUGGACUCCGAAUCAUGCACGCCUUGUGCAGGACGCUUGCAUUCCUCUUGGCCAGUCCUUUUCUGACCGUAUCAUGAGGCGUGUGCAGGCCCGUAUACAGCACAUGUUGGAGCCCGCACACUGCACCGCGUUCUUACUAAACCCCCAUCGCCGGGAUGUUCAGUACUUCUCCGCGCAACUCGGCUGGUACCACACUCGGCUUGUUCGACAAGCCAAGAGGUAUCUGUUGUCUCAGACGGGCCACGACGAGUCGGGUGGUCGUUACCUUGAGGUAUGUUGGCAGUUCGAGGACUUUCACAUGCAGCAGGGUAGGUAUGGGUUUUGGGGCGGGGCAGAGGGCCACGCUCGAGCUCGUAGUUGCAGCCGAGACUGCGAAACGUUGGAGUGCGCGUCGUGGUGGUCUCAGUACGGGGGAGACGUGCCCGAUUUACAACAUUGCGCUCUUCGUUUGAUGCACAUGUGGUCUUGCGCCUCUUCAGCGGAGAGGAACUGGGCGGUCCACGAGGGCAUCCAUACGAAGAAGCGUAAUCAGUUGGCCUUUGAGAAGGUCGUUCAUCUUGUUGAGAUCACCGCAAAUGUGUGGUUGAUGGAGUACAGACGUGCAGGUUGUGGAUACGUCCUCCCUUGGCAGCGAGACGAGGGCAUGCUUGACGCUCAGGCGGGAUUGGACGUGGAGCCUGUGGGCUCGGGGACGAGGAGUGGGAUGCCGAAGGAGGAGAUCGAGGAGCAGGCUGCCCUCAUUGCGCGCGAUCCCAUUGGGUCUUCUGCACCGCCCCCUGUUGAGUCUGUUUUCGGUGCUCGUGCGACUAUCUUCCGCCCAUACCCCAGGGACGAUGACUCUGCGGGCGAGAGGUGGUCGGAAGCAGCGGACGACCUAAUGCUUCCCAUCCCACGUGAGAUUGAUGAGUUGCACGAGGGGGGCGACGUGCGUGACGAUAGGACGCACACCGCGCGGAGGGCGGCAGACCAGCGAGACAUGGAUAUGAUGGGGAGCGAGGAGUUUUGGGGAUCUUUCGGGGGCACGGAGGAGAGAUCACCCAGUGUCGCGCGGGAGGAUACGCGUCCUGGCAUUACCUUGCGGGAAGAGACGCCGGCUCCCAUGACUGCGAGUGAGGAGCCGGGUCCUGCCACGACAGUGCGGGAGCGGACGACUGUUUCGUCGACCGCGCAGGAGCAGACGCCUGCUCCCACGACCACGCGAGAGCAGACGAGUAUUCCCGCUAUGCACUCCGGACCCUCGCCCCGUCGCCCUUUUCGCGUCAUUCUAUCCCAGGAUUCCCAGCAUCAGCUCCGCCCGCUCCCGUUCGGCAUGACGAGCGCUCACCUGCACCGGUUGGGAGGGAGGACUUGGGAUCCUCGUUUUGCAUCCGCGGGCAUGGAUCAUUGUUUAGCGUAGCCCGUCAGCUUGUUUUGGACCCGCGUGCAUCCAGCGA